AUGCCGUCAGAAACCCAAGAUACACCCGGCAUAGCCGCUCUCCCUCCAGCGAAACUGGCCGAUGCACCCCGACGAUGCUUCAUCUGCUUGACCGACGAAGAUCCCUCAGAUCCCCCGGGGUCAUGGGUGGACCCCUGCGGAUGCACCCUCGAAGCCCACCAGGACUGCAUGCUCUCAUGGGUAACGGAUUGUGAACGCUCCAACAAACCUCUCCAGUGCCCAGUAUGUAAAGAUCGGAUUCAGCUGGAAGGACUGUGGGAUCCUAUCGUUGUCAUGACGGAUGCUGUCGCAAAUAAGUUCACUCGCGCGAGUCCUUUCAUGUUGCUCUCCUCUGUCACACUUGGAGUGCAGUUCAGUCUCCAGAUGUAUGGCGCAUUCGCCAUGUGGGCUUUCUCAGGCCGCGAGGCUCUAGUUGACUAUGUACUUGGUCAUGAGAUCUGGGUCCACGGGGAGGCGUCCCGAAUUUUGAUGUCUGGGGGUGAAAGGCUAGGCAAUGCACUGGUUUUAACCAACGUGGGACCGGCUCUGCUGGUCGGACAGCUUAUGCCAUGGUUUGGAAACAAGAUCUUCUUGUCCACCGCUUCACUGUAUGGCGUUUAUCAAGUCAUGCAUGACGACACUUUCUUGACCUGGCCUCCUUCACCCCAACUCGCGAUGGCAGUGUUUCCUUACGUGCGGUCUGCCUACCUCAACCUUUGGCGCGAAUUUGUCUUUCCUUAUGAAGUCAACCUCAAUCGACAAAUCAUGGGGCUUCCUCCAGUCGAACCUCGACGAGAUCAGCGUCCUGCCAAUGAGCGACAACCCGAACAGCGGAACGGAGAAGGCGGUGUUGUGGGUUUUCUUAAUGGGCUUAUUGAAGCUCUCGAAGGCGAUGACAUCGACGAGGAUGGUCAGGAUGAUGCUGGCGCCGGCGGUCAAAACGCGGAUGGUGAGCAGGGCGGAGGAGUUGUUAUCGAACUGGUCAUCGAGGAGGUUGAUCGAGAUGACCAAGAAGACCUUGAUGUUAGGCCAGCAGGACAAAACGAAAUGGCUCCACAGGGACCUGUCGACGAUGUGCCUGCAGCAGACGAGCCUCAUAACCCAGCCCGUGUUCCCGAGGAACCAGCCCAGGAUGCAGAUGCCGUCCCAGCAGUUGUACCCGAUGCAGGAAAUGGAGAUCAAGCUGCUCAACAAAACCAACAUGAAGCUCCCCAAGCGCCGCCCGCCCGCCGACCCGGUUUAGGAACGAUUCUAUCCGGGGUCUCCAAUGCCAUAGUAAGCGCACUGAUCCUUCCUGGUGUGUCAUUUGCCAUGGGUGAGCUUUUACGUCUAGCCCUCCCUAAGCAAUGGACUGCUUCGUCUUCCUUUCCACGGGGAAGCACUAUGCGUCCGGGACUGCUCCAGCAACAGUGGGGGCGAAGUCUCGUCGGCGGGUGCCUCUACGUGGUGCUCAAAGAUUUUCUUAGACUGUAUACCAAGUACCGGAAGGUAGCUGCUAUAGGUAAUAGGAAGGUCAAGAACGUUGACAGAGCCAGACGACGAUCUGGGAAGUGA